GUUCUUACAACAUGAUGCAGGCUCUGUGCCUCCGACCGGCAGACAUUGUUUUCAUAGCUCUGGUUUACUACAAUCAGCCAACACAGGCACAGUUUCGUGGAGAUCCCUCUGUUGCAAUAAUUCGGACUUUCAAAACACGGUCACUGAAGAGAGUCAUCCACAAUCUGUUUGGCAAUAAAAAUAACAUUGACAGAAGAAAUCACCGUCGUAGUUCCCCUUCGGAAACCAUUUGUCUGCUUUUCAAUGAGAUGAGGAAAAUCCAGGCACUCAGAGACGACUCCUGGCUAUCGUCCCAGUCAAGGAUUCUGUAAACUCUGCUUUCUGUUUCGGCUGUGGAGAGGUAACCUGAAGGCAUUGACUGUUUUGGACCAGAGAUUCCGGUCCCCGUACCAGAAACUUGUGACGGGACGGAGGAGUGGACACAAAAUAAGAACCCUCUUCGCUACAGCCAGCCGUGUUGGAUGCAGCUGAAUAACAAGCUGAGAAAAAGAAAGAGCAUUGGACUUUCCUGCUCCAUUCAGAGGACUGCCAUCCAUGUGGUGGUAUGAUGAGACUGUGAGUCAGGAGAAACACAAUCAGACGGGAGCAGAUUGAUAGAGGGAGAGAAAGAAAGGUAGAGGAGUGAGUGUCAAGGUGCCCUCCUGACCCCAAGGUGAUAGCACCAGUCAAGGCAGCAGGAUGACCAGCCUGUUCAGGCGAAGCAACAGUAAUGGAGGCUCCGGUGGAGGAGGAGGAGUAGGUGGUGGUGGUUCUUCCCCAGGAGAGCUCAACAACAGCCGGCCUAACCGACAGGUGCGGCGUCUGGAGUUCAACCAGGCCAUGGAGGACUUCAAGAUCAUGUUCCCCACCAUGGAUUACGAGGUCAUCGAGUGCGUCCUGCGCUCCAACAAUGGGGCGGUGGACGCCACCAUCGACCAGCUCCUCCAGAUGAGCAUCGACGGAGAGGGAUCGGAUGACAGCUCUGACUCCGAUGAUAGCAUCCCACCAGAGAUUCUGGAGAGGUCAUUAGAACCUGACAGUUCCGACGAGGAACCUCCCCCCAUCUACUCACCGCCCACUUAUGACAUGCACAUCUACGACAGGAAGUACCCAGAGGCCCCGCCCACUCCACCACCCAGGUUUGAGGCCCAGCUCCCGCCAGGUCACCGGCAGGUCCGCAGCUACAGGAACUGGAAUCCACCGUUGCUUGGCAACCUGCCAGAUGAUUUCCUGCGGAUCCUGCCACAGCAACUGGAUAGUAUACAGGGCUCACAGAACAGUCUGUCCCAGCCUUCUUCUUCCUCCUCUCUGUCCUCCAUUGUCCAGCAGACAAACCAGGGAGGUGUCUCCAAGCCAGGGACUGGUGGAGCCCUAGGGGCACCUGGAGGGCCCGGGGGCAUGGCAGGGGUAGUCACGGAGCAGGAGCGUAAACUGAAACAGUACCUGGAUGAUGAGCGCAUCGCUCUGUUCCUCCAGAACGAGGAGUUCAUGAGGGAGCUGCAGCGCAACCGCGAGUUCCUUGUCGCCCUGGAGAGAGAUCGCUUGAAGUACGAAUCAAAGAAAUUCAAGUCCAAUCAUUCAUCCUCUUACAUGGAGAAUUCCACAGCAGGAGAGCACUGUGCUUCGAGGUCGAUGGAGGCUUGUACUGCUGUGUCAGAUGACGCCAUGUUCAGAGACAAACUCAAACACAUGGGCAAAUCAACAAGAAAGAAGCUGUUUGAAAUCGCCAGAUCAUUCUCUGACAAGACAAAGAGAAGAAAGUUAAAAAGAAGAACGCUCCUGAAGCACCAGUCACUGGGAACAGCCAACUCCACAGCCAACCUCCUGGAAGAUGUGGAGGGAAGCCCAGAAGAUGGCCAGCCCAGAAGAUCAGACACUCAGGAAGACGAUGUGCCACACAAGGAACCGUUGUCAUGAUUCUCCAAGGCUGCACCACAUCAGGGUUUCCAUGGUGACAGCAGAAUGACCCAUGGCUGGUGGCCACGCAAUACUUUGGCUCUCUCCCCUAACACAGGCCAGCCAAUCCCAGGCCCAGAAGUGACCUGGGACCACCCCCUCGCCCAGGAGGAGAGGAAGCAGACUGCUACCACCUCUCCUUAACUCUGAUUGUUCAUAACCACAUUGGAUUACCAUUAUAAUCUCUGUAUUAUAACUCUUCAUUAAUAUAUGAUUUCACAUGUAAAGGGAAGAUGCAUUAGUCUUUUGACAGUUCUUUUUUGUUGUUGUGUCAGCUCCCUUUAAUCCCCAUUGCAGAAGGCAUGGCAGCCCUGCUAGUGAUGAUCUUAACAUAUGGACUCAUCUAGUGUUACCACUCUAAUCUCUUUGAUAUGGCUGGGGUAGGUCACUCUAGAGCCAAAGUGUGCACAAGCACCUCUGAAAUGUCCCAUAAUAAAUCAUGUUCACUCCCAGUACCCAUGUGUUGCUAUGCCCAUUUGGUCACAGUUUUAAACAGACAGUAACCAGUGAUGAUGUGGCAAGUUUUCAACUAGAAUCACAGCUCAAUCCCAUGUUUCCUGAAAGUUCAGGACACAGAAACAACUUGUAAACAGAGACUCUAACAUUACAGUUGACUCCCCCUUGUAAAUCUGGAUUUGCCUCGGAGCAAUUUGACAGCAGAUGAUAUCAUCAGAGACCUGUGUGUGUCAGUCAAGGGGUUGUUAUUUAAGUUGCCCUGCUCAAAUGUCAACAAACCCUUCUGUUGCACCCUCCUAUAUCAAAGAGGCAUUCAAACCUGCCAAAAGGGUCACUUGUUCCAAGCGGGUCAUAUUUCAUCCCAUAUUGUUAUGUCAAUAUGUAACUAAAUGCCAAGUGUAACCUUUAAUCCCAUUUCAGGAACUCUGACAAACUUCUUAAGAUUUCACGUGAACUGAAAUAUCCCUCAAGCUAACUGACUGCCAUAUCUCACUAUUCUCAUGUCUUUUUCAAUAUAGCAUUUAUAUACUAACCCUAUUUCGUUGAGAGUAAGGAGGGGUGCAUAUUGCUGAAAUCGUGUUAUUAAUGAGUACACAAUAAUAUAACUAGUAGAAAUAUUUGAUAAACAAAUGUGCCAGUGAUCUGUGCACAUUGCUGAUAAACAUGUGUUUUAUGUGGUGUAAUGGGAAAUGAACCGUUUGUAAUGGGAAGUGUUGGGUAUGGAGAGAGCAGAACAUGAUAUGGAUGAUGCCUCUGUGAGGUGAGGACUGGCAUUGAUCUUGAUUAGAUGCUGUUGGGUGUAUCGGUAGAAAAGAGGAGGCUGAUGAUGACCCAGCGCUGUGAUAUGAGUUUCAACAGACAGUCGAGCUAGAUUUAAAGUCAACCCUUUGAGCCACUAUCUGAUUCGCAAGGUUUCACAUUGAUCCGUCACUUUCCCAACUAUUGGAAAUGAUUACUGUCUUAUUCUGAAGCCUUCUCCCCGAAGGGUGCUCUUUGCUCACGAUCGUUAAAAAGGAAGGGACAGACUGGUGUAGGAAAUAUGGUGGCAACUCUCUCCACCAUGCUUCUAAAAAAUUAUAUGUUUUAAAAUUGAUGCAUAAAAGUGAGCAAGCCAAGUGCACACUUUAGGGAGAAGGGUGGGGAAUUGGAACACCAAUUCAUUCACUCUACCUUCUUAAAUGAAUUCACAUGUAAAUGUUUGAUUUGCUACCUCUCAAUCUAGAUGGCUCCAUGAUUGAAACGUAUGUUUUUACUAUUGAAAUUUAAGAUGAUUCAAAUCAAAUCACCCAUUUACAGUUUUUCCUUGAUUUAGGAACGUUGGAAUGUUUUAACCCUUCUCUGUCAGGAUGUUGACAGAAGACCUCAUUGGUGAUAGGUCAUGUGUUGUAUAUAAGGAGAAGGGUAUGUUUGUUGAACAUAUGGAGUAAGUUUUGUAUGUACAAGUAUUGAUUGUGUGAAGGGAGGCUGAAAUCGACCCUUUCAGUGUUCUUUUUGAAGUCUUGAUGUUAUGGAUUGGGUUUGGAAUUUUGCCCCUUUGACAAUUUCUGUCUGUUGUCAUUUUCUUGUUUGUUAGUUUUUGCUCUCAGCAUUUUUCUCAUAUAGGUCUUCAAACUCUCUAAACAUGUUUGCCAAUAAAAUGUGUUUAUUGCCCUUGCCAUAAUGAAAAAGAUUUGCCAUAAUGUCACCCACUCGUUUAUACUGUUUUUGAGCGGCAGAUAGGGGGCGCCAUUAUCCAGCUUACUCAAACUGCCAUCAGACUAUCCUGACUUCAUUGUUACUGUCAUGCUAUUCACAUCAGUAGAGGCUGCUGAGGGGAGGACGGCUCAUAAUAAUGGCUGGAAUGGAACGAUUGGAAUGGCAUCAAACACAUAGAAACCAUGUGUUGGAUACCAUUAAACUGAUUCCGCUCCAGCCAUUACCAUAAGCCCGUCCUCCCCAAUUAAGGUGCCACCAACCUCUUGUGAUUCAUAUCCAUAUAGGUAUUUCAAAUGGGUAUUUGUAAUAUAUACUACCGUUCAAAAGUUUGGAGUGACUUAGAAAUGUCCUUGUUUUUGAAAGAUAAGCACAUUUUUUUGUCCAUUUUAAAAUAACAUCAAAUUGAUCAGAAACACAGUGUAGACAUUGUUCAUGUUGUAAAUUACUAUUGUAGCUGGAAACAGCUGAUUUUUAUGGAGUAUCUACAUAGGUGUACAGAGGCCCAUUAUCAGGAACUGUCACUCCUGUGUUCCAAUGGCACAUUGUGUUAGCUAAUUCAAGUUUAUAAUUUUAAAAGGCUAAUUGAUCAUUAGAAAACUCUUUUGCAAAGACGUUAGCACAGCUGAAAACUGUUGUUCUGAUUAAAGAAACAAUAAAACUGGCCUUCUUUAGACUAGUUGAGUAUCUGGAGCAUCAGCAUUUGUGGAUUAUAUUACAGGCUCAAAAUGGCCAGACCAAAGCACUUUCUUCUGGAAAUUGUCAGUCUAUUCUUGUUCUGAGAAAUAAAGGCUAUUCCAUGUGAGUAAUUGCUAAGAAACUGAAAAUCUCAUACAACGCUGUGUACUACUCCCUUCACAGAACAGUGCAAUCUGGCUAUAACCAGAAUAGAAAGAGUGGGAGGCCCCGGUGCACAACUGAGCAAGAGGACAAGUACAUUAGUGUUUAGUUUGAGAAGACUCCUUAUUUUCAGUCCUCAACUGGCAUCUUCAUUAAAUAGUACCCACAAAACACCAGUAUCAACGUCAACAGUGAAGAGGCGACUCUGGGAUGCUGGCCUCUAGGCAGAGUUCCUCUGUCCAGUGUAUCUGUUCUUUUGCCCAUCUUAAUCUUUUAUCUUUAUUGGCUAGUCUGAGAUAUGGCUUUCUCUUUGCAACUCUGCCUAGAAGGCCAGCCAGUUGAGGACUUGUGAAGCACCUGUUUCUCAAACUAGACACUAUAAUGUACUUGUCCUCUUGCUCAGUUGUGCACCGGGGCCUCCCACUCUUUCUAUUCUAGUUAGAGCAAGAUUGCGCUGUUCUGUGAAGGGAGUUGUACACGGCGUUGUACGAGAUUUUCAGUUUCUUAGCAAUUUCUCGCAUGGAAUAGCGUUCAUUUCUCAGGACAAGAAUAGACUGACAAGUUUCAGAAGAAAGUGCUUUGUUUCUGGGCAUUUUGAGCCUGUAAUCGAACCCACAAAUGCUGAUGCUCCAGAUACUCAACUAGUCUAAAGAAGGCCAGUUUUAUUGCUUCUUUAAUCAGAACAACAGGUUUCAGCUGUCCUAAGAAAAUAGCGUUUCUUUCAAAAACAAGGACAUUUACUGGAUACUGGAGUGCUUUAAUUUAUUUCUAUAGAAGACAUUCUAACUCAUAUCUGCAGUAGCUGAGAGAGCAUCUUUGAUAAGACACAGGUUAUGUUUGUUUACAAAAGCCUGUGACAGUUCACCCACUGACCAGUCAGCAGGUUUAUGUCUGUCUAUUACAACAUUACAUGAUAUCAGUAAGUCACCAAGUGCUUGCACUCCAUUGGUCUAUUGCUUAGUUUUGUUAUUUUCAGAAAAGAGAAGGGAAAAUGUUUUUUUGUAUCUUCAGUUCCAGGCUUUUGACUGACAUCUGAACACGAGUGCAGUUUUGUUAUUGCACUGUCGAGGGCAAAACUCAUCUGCAUGGUUUUGUGACAUGAUUUCAAAAUGGCUUGAUGUUUGAUGACUGCUCAUAGAAAUUUGUAGAUACGUUAUCCUCUCAGGGAAGCUCCACUCUUUGUACUGUUCUUCCAUUUCCAAUUUGUGCGACUUGGUAAAAGCACAGUUAAGAAUAUGAAAAGGUAUAUUUAGGCUGGUAGUUUAUUUCUUUAUAAGCUUCAAAUAUCAUGUUGGUGGCCAGACAUGAUUUCAAAUGCAUACUGGACCGGUCUGUGCGAUAGACCAAAAAGCUGCAUAUAGGCCUAGUUGUUGUACGGAAAAGAGCAUACUCAAAAUAACUUCAAACUUUAACGUUUUAACCUUCUCUGACCAAUAGACAUGCAGCACCACAAAUGCUUGGUUAAUUAUGUUUUUGUUGAGAUGUUUCUAAGUACAGAUUAUUUUAUUGUACUGUAUGUGUGCCAGACAGGGUGAUAUGCUUCAUUAUGAAUGUACAUGAAUAGAGAUGAGGCCAGUAAUAGCAGACAACAUGCUUGUUUACAAUGCACUCAUGAGCCUGCAAUCUUCUAUGGCUCAUAAUCCUAUCAUAAGAAUGUAUGCCAUAGUUACUUUGAAGAACUACCACCACAGGCCUGAUGGUUUUUAGAUUCGUAUGGAACUCGGUGCGAUCUGUGUGGCCUGUCCAUAAACGACCCCUAUAGCCUCUAACCUCCAGGCAUUUUUGUAGAUCUGUUUCUGGACAGGACUGUAACUAAUCCUACCAGUCAAUGUAGGUCAAACGUAUGAAAAUCGUUGCUCAUUAGCAAAACUGAUAUACAUUUCAAGAACUUCAGAAUUUGUAUGAUUCAACAUGUUUGUUUGUGUCAUAUUUUGGAAGGCCAAGGUCAGAAGCCAGUUUCUACCCACAACAUAUGUUUAAGGUUCUUUAAGUGAUUGUUGUACUCAAGAUUGAUUUCUGGAUCAGAUUUUUCUUACACUUUAUGAAGAAAGUUUCUUAUAGCUAUUGAAAUAAUCUAAUUGUGUUGUACCCUGUCUGAUGUGAUUGUGUGACAUUUGUAAAGAUGUAUUAACCGAUUCUGCUCAUUAAAGUUGUUUAUCGAUCCCUUA